UUGUUGAUGAAACCGGUGUGUAAUUAAGAACGCACCGGCUUCAAGUAGGAGUUUUCGGUUGUUGUAGCAACCGCCCAAAGGCGCAAUAAUGUAAAAGUGUUAUCUGCGAUUGGUUGUAAAUGCAUCACUACACUCAGUUCUUCUACGUCUAACGUUCAACGUCGAGUGGUGUUGUUUGUGUUCGCCUCGGAUCAAGUUAGUUUAAUUAUCGGGUUGCAGCUAAUAGCUAAGUAAGCGCGACGAAAGAACACUAGUUUAAGUGCUGUGAAUAGCAUUUCAUCAGUCCGGCGCUGUUUGCGCAUUGUGUUUCACUAAGUAUACUCAUUGUUUGAUCAAGUAAGUUGUCGCUUAGCAUGUCGGCUGUCAGCAGCCUUGUCCCUGCGCGGUUCUUGACUAUCAUAGCCCACCUUGUCAUCGUUAUUACAAUCUUUUGGUCGAGGGAAAACAACGUGAAGGCUUGCUUGCCUUUGGAGUUCACGCAGGAGCAAUAUGACAAUGAAGACAGAAAGUUGGUGGUGGCUUUGGCGGUCACCCUCGGUUUGUUUGCUAUCGAGUUGGCUGGGUUCUUCUCAGGGGUGUCCAUGUUCAACUGUAGCCAAGGUCUUCUGUCACUGGCUGUCCACUGCAGCGCAUCUGUAUCCUUGUCUUUCUUUGUGUUUGAGAAGUGGGAAUGCUGGACAUACUGGGUUAUUUUUGCCAUUUGCAGUGUGCUACCUGCUUUUGUGGAGAUUCUUCUGUUUAUAGCUGUUUUUGGACUGAAGAAGAAACCUUUAUGAAGACAGUCCUGAUGUCAAAUGCAACAAAUCAGUCUGGAUGUGGACAUUUCUAUCAUUGUAUCAACAGACACUGUAGCUACAGAAGGUCUGCAUUUCGUUAAUGAUGCAGAGAGAAUUGAACUGAACAACAGUGUUUCACUGAAACGUGCAUACACUAACAAACACGAUAGGAAUAUAGAUGUCACUAUCUGCCUUUUUAUAUAUGUAUAUAGGGUGAAAUAGAUACAGAAAGUAUACCUUAUUGUGUUGUGCUUUUAACAUGUCCACAGUGGUUAGUUUCAAUAGGAUGGUAUAACUUUCCUUAACUUUGUCAAGAAAUAAUUGCUCAUUUGUCAGUAUAUGCUGGUGUGGUUUUGGUUUUCUCUGUCAAACUGUCAAAUUUUCAUGCAAAAAUCUUUAAAUAUUAUUAAAAUCCCAGAUACAUUUUGUACAAA